AUGAACAAACUAUCAGAAAUUACUCAGCAAUAUUUUCGCACUGACUUACCGCAAUUAGCCAUAGGUGAUAAGGUCGAAGUAAUUACUAAAAAUUUUGACCUUAGGGCAAAGAGUGAAAAUCCUAAAUAUCGUCUUACUCAUUUCUUGGGAACAGUAAUCGCCCAAAAAAAUAAGCGACAAAUUAGUUAUACUUUUUCGGUUUUAAAAGCCAGUAGUAAAAUAGCCCGAAUGGAAAAAUUUAGAAAAAAUGGGGAAAAUAGGUUUGAGUUUAAUUUUCGAGGUCGGGAAGUGAUAUUCGAAAUUGACCAAGUGGCUCGUAAGUGCGAUAAAUCAAUUUUGGGUCGUUAUGGUAAUACGACCGUUUUAACUGUCUUAGUGGUUAAAGAACUAAACAAAAAAAUCGAUUCAUUUUUUCCUCUAAUUAUCACCGUAGAAGAAAAAUUUUAUGCAGUGGGGCGAAUUCCGGCCCAGUUCAACAAACGUGAAGGAAAGCCUAGUUAUGAUUCGGUUACGGUAGCCCGUUUAAUUGACCGCUCUCUGCGGAGUUUUUUUCCCCUCUCCGGUAAUCAAGAAGUGCAGAUAAUUAAUCAUAUUCUUUCAGUUGACCCUCUUUGCGAUCCUGAUGAAAGAACGGACCAAUUUUCAGGAGAACUAAUUAUUAGUGCCACCGAAGAAAAAAUUGUUAUGGUAGAGGCUAAGAUUCCCGAAAUUUCCGAGGAAAAGUUAUUCUCGAUUUUAGAAAAAUCUCAUCAAGAAAUUGGCUAUUUAAUCGGUUUUUUUCGGUAUAUCGCUAACAAGAAAUUCCGACGACAACUAAUUCGGGAAAGCGAAGAAGAAAUUACUGAUUUGGUUAACAAAAUUGGGAACAAUAGUUUAAAAAAAAUGCUGCGGGAAACCACUCUAUUCACACGGGGAGACACCGAAGUCCUUUCUAUAAUAACUCUGGGUAAAGUCAGCGAAAAGCAAGUAAUUGAUAACGUAUUUUCCCGAAGCCACAAACACUUUAUUCAUCAUUACAAUUUUCCGAAUUUUGCUGUCAAUGAAUUAAUCAGUCAACGUGGUAUUUCUCGUCGCGAAAUCGGACACGGAGAAUUAGUAGAGAAAACUUUUGCCUAUUUACUACCUACUCUUGAUGUUUUUCCUUAUACUAUUCGGGCCGUCUCCGAAGUUCUAGCGGCUGACGGUUCCUCUUCCCAAGCUGCGAUUUGUGCAACCUCCUUGGCUUUGAUGGCCGCCGGGGUCCCUUUAACCAGACCGGCGGCCGGAAUAGCGUUAGGUCUUUUGGACGGCCAAAUUUAUACUGAUAUCAAUGGUCUAGAAGACAAAUUAGGCGAAAUGGAUUUUAAAAUUGCUGGGACGGAAAAAGGGAUUUGUUCGUUACAACUGGACGUAAAAAAUCAAGGAAUUAGUCUAGAACUGCUGAAAGAAUGUUUAGAAAGAGGGCAAUCUGCUCGGAUUUAUCUUUUAAAAGAAAUGAAGAAACAUCUUUUUGCCCCCCCGCCCAACUCUACCAACCCAAAUUAUUAA